AUGAAGCUACAACUCGCUCUUCUUGCCGCCCUCGUCGCAAGCGUAUCAGCCGAGCCCAUUCGUCUCAUCACCUGGACCGAGAACCAGGCGGUAGACACAAAAUUCGACAUCUCCCAGCCAGAAGAACUGCCAUCAUGGAAUGAGGCGGCGGUAGACCAAGAAGCGCCUGUCGCUCCUAUGCUCGGCGGAAAGCCCUGCCAUGGCAAGUCUUCCGAAUCUGGUCCCCUCUCCAGCCUUCUCAGCCGUCUGGGAUUCACUUCCAUCCCCGACUCUGCUAUCUCCCGUACCGAGCACGAGCAGCUCGACCGUCCCCACCAAAAACAGUCUCUGGACGUUCAUCGCGAAUCCCUUUUGGCCGCUCUCCGAUCGCGCCUCCCUGGCUACGUCCCCUUCCUGGAAGGCGGCUCCCGCAUUCCAGCUCCUUACGCCGGGGUGGAAUCCGGUGAGUGGAAGAUUGCUCAGAACGACCGUGCGCCUGAAAUCAAGUGGUGGAGGCCGGCGAAGAAUGGACGAUGGGAGGUCAAGGACGGUGCUGGAGAGUGGAGGGUCGCGGCCAAGGGCGAGAGGCCUCCCAAGUUUGGCGGGAUAGGUGUUCCUGCCGAAAAUUCAAGGCAUGGCAGGCAUGGGUGGAAGCACAAUCACAAAGGUUCCAGCUUUGCUCGUCUUCGUAAAGCCUUGAAGCACCUCUCUCCGCUUGAAUCUGCCGCUCUCGCCAUCGUUCUUGGUGCCGGUAUCGGUUCACUCUUCCACCUCCUCGUCAUUUCCUUCGUCCUCUUCUCUCGACGAUUCGGAUUCUGCCUCGGACCCCGAUUUGGCAGAUUUGGCCGUCACUGCUCUGGCAAUUCCGAGGAGAGGCGCGCACGCAGGGCGGCCAGGAAGGCUGAGAGGAAGGCCAAGAAGGAGGCAAAGGCGGCGAGAAAGACUGAGGGGACUGUCAGACUCGAAGGAGAGAACAGAUUGGGGGAAGUCGAAGAGUUGCCCGCAUACCAAGACGCUGAGCAAGCGCCUCUGCUCGACGAAAAGGUCGACUCUCAAGUUUAA